UAUACAGAUUCACUUUACUGGACGCAGGACGUAUUUCUCACUGUCAAUUUGACAUUCACUUAUUUUGGUAGUGUCGUACAAUUACCCAAAUAUUAGUAUUUAUUUUUUGUAAAACUAGUCUUGUUAUGGAUACUAAAUAUUGAUAAUGACUACUCAGUAUAAAAAAUUUACAAAGCUACUCGUUAAGUGGCCAGUGGAUGCUACUAAAGGAGAAAGAGACCUUGGGAAAUUUAUUCGUGACAGAGUAAAAGCUGCCUUUGAAUCAGAAGACAAGGUGAAUUUGGACUCAGAACUUUGCAACCGUCAGUACAAUUCGUUAAACAAAUUAGCUGAAAACCACUAUAGGAACAAAUAUAAAAGAACUCAGCAUAGCACAGCAACAGGCUUAAGCACAGAAGAGUGCCAGCUUAUACUAUCUACUCACGUAUUAGACUAUUUAAAAGAGGAGAAUAAAGUUUUGAAUAGGGCAAUUUUACAUCGCAAUGCUCAUACAAAACCAUACAAAGAUCAUACGCCAGUUAUGUUAAAUGAAGUUAUCAAACAUCUGAAACCAAGUAAAGAUGAAUUGUAUAUAGAUAUGACAUUUGGAGCAGGUGGUCAUUCACGUAAAAUACUGGAAUCCGCCGAUUGCCGUUUACUAACUCUUGAUAGAGAUCCUGUCGCAUAUGAAAAAGCUAAAAAACUUGCUGAGGAAUAUCCAAAUAGGGUUACUCCAUUGCUAGGUAAAUUUAGUGAACUACCUUCGCUUUUGAAAAAUAUUGGUAUUAACCAGUCUUCUAUAGAUGGAAUAUUAUUUGACUUUGGUUGCUCGUCGAUGCAGUUAGACACAGGCGACAGAGGUUUUUCUAUUAGCAAAAAUGGUUAUCUUGAUAUGAGAAUGGAUGCAGGACGAGACCCUAACCAAAUUACAGCCAGAGAAGUCUUAGCAACGGCUAAUGAGCAUGAGCUAUACAAGAUUUUCAAAAUAUAUGGUGAAGAAAAGAAAGCGGCCAAAAUUGCCCAAACAAUAAUACAUGCUAGAUACAUGAUUAAAAAUAUAGAAACAACUCACGAAUUAGUAGAUAUUGUUGAUUCAUGUUGCCCAGAUGAAUUUAGAUUGGAUAAGUUGCAACGACCGCAGUCCAAUGCCACGAAAGUGUUUCAAGCACUACGUAUUUUUGUUAACAAUGAAUUGAACGAGCUCAACUAUGGCAUGGUGUUAGCAAAGUAUUAUUUGAAAUUGAAUGGACGACUUUUGACAGUUUGCUUCCAUUCUCUAGAAGAUACAAUCGUUAAAAGGCAUAUAGCUGGGAAUAUAAUCAACGAAACAGCCAAUCCUGUUCCGUUAAGAUAUUUGAGCCCAAUGUUAGUGCAAGAUCAGGAAACUAUAAAUCAGUUCUUAGAUUCACCAUGGAAAGCUAUAAAUAAGCAUGUUGAAGUUCCAAGCGACGAGGAAGUAGAGAGGAAUCCUAGAAGUCGGAGUGCGAGGCUGAGGGCUGCGAUUAAAAUAAAAUAAUUCAAACUUAGUGGAUAACUGCAAGUAAAAUUCACGCUGUUCUGUUUAAAAAAAUGUGAAAAAGAUGGAACCAUGUUAGCUUGUGUUUAAGAUCUAUUUCAUGUUUAAUUAAUUGUAAAUUGUGAUGUAGAUAUAGUGAUUAGGUAAAAACAUCAUUAAUAAAGUUUAUAGCUUUUGU